AUGGGAGUAUUCGCUAGUUGGGACCCUGGAUGUGAUCCAUUCAAAAUAAUCUACGGAUAUAUGUCGUGUUUAUUACGGAAUGUUCGAUGUUUGCUCUCAUCAUCGAAGCCGUGCUGCUCGGCACUCAUCUCAUCGCUGAAUCCUCGGAGUCUAUCUCAAUCGUCGGUUCAAUAUGCGAAAAAGAAUCGAGGAAGGCGCAAAUUUGUUGAGGCGGUUGUAGUGAAACACACGAAAAGUUCGAAGAAACCCGUUGAUAUUUAUAGUGAUAUGACCAUUAGGUNAUUCAAAAUAAUCGGUAAUUUCAGUGAACUAGCCAGUGUUACGGGUACGACAAAUGAUGAUAUUGCUGAACUACUGUUGCAGAUCGAUCCAAAAAAUGUGGACUUAUUAGGCGAAAAUAAAGUACUUCAAACGGAACUGUCAGCAAAAGUUGCGAAUGCGUUCAACCUGAGACCGCGACUAGUUGCACGUCCCAACGAGGAUAAGCUAGAUCGAAGAAGUGAUCUGCAACAUCAAACGGACGAUGUGUUUCCAUUACCGCCACCAUGUGAAGAGGAUCUGACGCGACGUGCUCCAGUGAUCACAAUAAUGGGUCAUGUGGAUCACGGUAAAACAACACUGCUAGAUUGUCUGAGGCAUUCGCGUAUUGUCGAGUCUGAAUUUGGUGGUAUCACACAGCAUAUUGGAGCCUUUACAGUCAAAGAAAACGAUCAGCAAAUGACAUUUCUGGACACGCCCGGUCAUGCGGCAUUUGCCGAUAUGCGACAACGAGGCGCUAAUUCCACCGAUCUGGUGGUAUUGGUGGUGGCCGCAGAUGACGGCGUGAAGGAGCAAACCGUUCAGUCGAUAGAAUACGCACGACAGGCUGGCGUACCGAUCAUCGUUGCCAUCAAUAAAUGCGAUAAACCGAAUGCGGACCCGAAAAAGACGAAAAGAUCUCUGCUGGAACACGGUAUUGUUGUGGAGGAUUUCCAUGGUGAUGUUCUAGCGGUGCAAAUAUCAGCUCUUCGAGGUGACAACAUCGGUGCAUUGAAGGUGAGUGAGACCGUUGAACGUUUGGAGGAUCUGUGCAAGAGGUUGGAAGAAUUUGAUGCAAUUUUGUUGCAAGCAGAAGAUAUGAAUUUGCGAUCGACAAGUAAAGGACCAGUGGAGGGAGUGGUCAUCGAAUCAACGACUGUUCAAGCCAUAAUCUAUUGUUUCAACACGAAUUUGAAUGCGUCAAUGAGACGUCUGGCAGAACGCUUGAGCGUUACAGUUGAAUCAUUCAACGUAAUCUACCGCUUGGUGGAGGAUUUAAAAUUUCGUCUAUCGGCAUGUCUUCCCGACAAGACCGAACUCAAGCAAGUAGCCGAAGGUCGAAUACUGAAAGAAUUUUUGCUAUCGGAUCGAGGUCGAAAAAAACAACCUAUUGCCGGUAUUCGAGUGGUAGUGACAUCGGCAAAAACGAACCAAGAGGUUGGAGUAGCGUUGGCUGAUAAAAGUGUUCGAUUCGAAACGGAUGAUGUUAUCAACGUUUUUGAGAAGGUCACCGUAAAGCAGACUAUCAAUUGGAACCCUCCAGGAUUCUAA